GGUCUUAUGAAAAAAUUUAUGAAGUUAAUGUUUAUAAGAAAUGAGGGAGAAUUUAAAGAGAAAAUUAUCAAUAUACUUGCUAACCAAUUUUAUGAUGAUGGAAAGUAUAAUUCUGCAAGACGUUUACAUGAAAUAACCGAGAAUUAUGAGGAAUGUGUAAUAUUACUCAACAAAAUGCUUGCAGAGUAUAUAUGGAUUAGUAUAUGUAGAUUGACGUUACAAUCAGAUACAUCAAUUCAACUUAAUCCUAAAGAAAUUGCUAGAAUAUCUAAAGAAUAUGAUCAAAAGCAAUAUACCAAAAAUGUUUCACACAAUCUUAUAAAUGAUAAUAAAACAUUACUUAAAUUGGUCGAUUUUGUAGAGUAUUAUAAAAAGCAUGAUUAUGAAAGAGCCUUAUCC